CUCUUCUCUUUCUUUCUUUCUUUCUUUCUUUCUCUUUAACAGUCUGAUCUUGGAAAAACCAAAGAGAUGAAUUUGGUGAGGGAAGAAAAGAAGAACCCUAGAUCAUUUGUUCAGAAAAAUUCACCAUGAGAGCUCAUCAUUUGAGCUUCUUUUUGAUUUUUCUGUCAUUGUCCGUGUCCACAAUCAAAAGUGCUAGUGUUAUCCAGGAUUAUAUCAUUGAUGGUAUCCGAAUUCACAGGAGAAUUUUGCACCAACCAUUGUUUCCGGUAAGUUCGUCUCCGCCGCCGGAUGCUACUGAAAGCUACCCUCCACCACCGCCGCCGCCGUAUAACCCCGAUCCUGACCAACCCUUUUUCCCCGAAGUCCCUUCUGGUUCUGGGUCUACUCCGGAUCAGACCCAGCAGACUACUCCGCCGUCUGCACCGGGAAAUGGAACAAUUCCGAUCCCCACGGCUACACAGCCGACAAAACCGGCUAAGAAAGUUGCAAUUGCUGUAUCGGUUGGGAUUGUCACAUUGGGUAUGCUGUCAGCACUUGCGUUCUUCUUGUACAGGCACAGAGCUAAACACCCCGUGGAGACGCAGAAGCUUGUUGGAGGAGCCAAUUCGCAGCGGUUCCAGGAAGACUCCAGAGUGCCACCGUCUAGCUUUCUUUACAUAGGGACGGUGGAACCCACUGGGACAGUGGUGAGUGAAGUGAAUGGAGCAAAUGGGUCACCUUAUCAUAAGCUGAAUUCUGUAAGGAGAUCGGAUCGGUACAGGCCUAGUCCGGAAUUGCAGCCAUUGCCGCCGUUGCCUAAGCCUCCUCCACCAGAGAACUCGCCGCCUGCAAUGUCAUCUUCGUCUUCUUCAGAUGAGGAGAGUCACGGAACAGCAUUUUAUACGCCACAAGGCUCGUUGAUCAGUAAUGAAGAAGGCUAUUACACUCCGGCGGCGCGCCCGGUAAAUCCGGUGAGGAAUGGUUCACAUGGAAAUACAAGCUCAGUUCCUUAUUCAAAAAGAACAUCUCCUAAAUCGAGGCUUCCAGCUUCUUCACCGGAAAUGAAGCAUGUUAUUAUACCGUCAAUAAAGCAACAUCCCCCUCCAUCACCACCUCCGCCACCACCACCUCCUUCUGAACUUCAAGACCCACAAACACAGCCAAGAGAGACUCGGAUUCAAAGGAGUCAACAGGAAUUCACAGGUCCUAAAAGGCCUAAAUUUUCAGCGCCACCACCACCACCAAACAUGGCGCUGCUACGAUCAAUCAACAGCAAUUCACCCCUCCGAACGGCAAAACAUCCAAUUCCACCCCCUCCACCUCCACCGCCUCCACCACCACCAACACAACAAGUGGCAGGAAUGGCAGCAGUAAUAAAAACAGGGGCAAUAAGAACAGCGGCGUCUUCAGUGCCACUAGAAGUGUUCAGAAAGCGAGAAUCCAGUACUCCAAGCCCCAAAAGUACUUCUGAGAAUGGGUCAAGAAAACCCAUGGAAGAGGUUAACAGCAAAGGUGCUAGCUCCUCAGAGAGGAUUGAUGGGGAUGAUGUGGAUGGUGCCAAGCCCAAAUUAAAGCCUUUGCACUGGGACAAAGUCCGUGCAACCUCGGACAGAGCUACAGUGUGGGACCAGCUUAAAUCAAGCUCAUUUCAAUUGAAUGAGGACAUGAUGGAGACUCUUUUUGGCUGCAAUUCCACCAAUUCAGUACCCAAAGAACCUAUCAGAAAAUCAGUUCUGCCGCCUGUUGAGCAGGAAAACAGAGUGUUGGAUCCAAAGAAGUCACAGAACAUAGCCAUACUACUGAGAGCAUUGAAUGUUACUAGAGAUGAGGUGUCUGAAGCUCUUUUAGAUGGUAACCCGGACAGCUUGGGUGCUGAGCUUUUGGAAACACUGGUAAAGAUGGCACCAACUAAGGAAGAAGAAAUAAAACUUCGAGAAUAUAGUGGGGAUGUCUCAAAGCUAGGAUCUGCAGAGCGCUUUCUCAAGACAGUACUUGAUAUCCCAUUUGCCUUUAAAAGAGUUGAAGCAAUGUUGUACAGAGCCAACUUUGACACAGAAGUAAAAUAUCUGAGGAAGUCUUUUGAAACCCUUGAGGCAGCUAGUGAAGAAUUGAAGAACAGCAGGCUUUUCCUCAAACUCCUUGAAGCUGUUCUCAGGACAGGAAACCGGAUGAAUGUUGGCACCAAUCGUGGUGAUGCUAAAGCUUUUAAACUUGAAACCCUUUUAAAACUUGUGGAUAUAAAGGGAACUGAUGGAAAGACAACACUGCUACACUUUGUGGUCCAGGAAAUUAUUAGAUCUGAAGGAACAGGUACUAAUUCUACUAAUGAAAAUCUUGAAAACAAAAUGUCCUCCCAAUUUAAAGAGGAUGUUUUCAAGAAGCAAGGAUUACAGGUUGUGGCUGGGCUUAGCAGAGACCUCAGCAAUGUCAAGAAGGCCGCAGGAAUGGACUCUGAUGUGUUAAGCAGUUAUGUAUCAAAGCUAGAAAUGGGACUUGAGAAGGUCAGAUUGGUUUUGCAAUAUGAGAAGCCAGAUAUGCAGGGGAAAUUCUUCAACUCAAUGAAGAUGUUUCUGAGAGAUGCAGAUGAGGAGAUUGCUAGGAUCAAGGCAGAUGAAAGAAAGGCUUUAUUGCUUGUUAAAGAAGUUACUGAAUACUUUCAUGGGGACGCAGCAAAGGAGGAAGCCCAUCCUUUUAGAAUCUUCAUGAUUGUAAGAGAUUUCCUAUCAAUAUUGGACCAUGUUUGCAAAGAAGUAGGGCAGAUGCAGGAUAGGACAAUGGUGGGUUCUGCCAGAUCCUUUCGGAUAUCGGCAACUGCUUCACUACCUGUACUCAACAGGUAUACUGCAAGACGAGAUACAAGUUCAGAUGAGGAAAGCUUAUCUCCAUGAAAUUAUGAUACAAUUGUCUUAGGUGCAAAUCAAACUAGCUAAUAGUGCCACGGCCAUACACAUUUUCCACUAAAACAGCAGCACAUAUAAAUCCUCUUCCAUUACAACCAUGCAAGCAGCACACUGAUGGCAGUAUAAAAAGCUUUUCAAAAUGAGUCUCGUUUUCAGAAAGGUUUCAGCAUACUUAGAGAUGUUGCUGCUAUUGAUGAGGUGCAGUUUCUUUCAGAAGGAGAAGUUCAUUUUGUACAAGAAUCAAAGAGGUAUAGUGUGCACAGGCCAGGCAUGAUAUAAUAAGAGCAGGUAGAGAACAGUGGGAAAAGUUUACACAAUAAUGUGAAAACCAUUGAAGAGCACCAUCAGCUACAUCCAGCAUCCAAAUUCAUGGCCAAGUGAAGAAGAAUGUGUCAUUGAAAAGGGGAAAAAAAAAAAAAACUUUUUGUCUGCUCUCACACACAGCCAUAGUUAAGAUAGAUUUCUUCUUUUAGAUCAGACCCCAUACGUAUUCGGGAAAGAAGAAUGUUUUUUCACGUUCCUUGUAUUGUGUUGUGCAUUUAUUUCAUAAUUACUAAUAAUGAAUAGCAAAUUUGCAAUGAAAAAAAUUAAUAAAUUAAAUUCCAUGUUUCUUUGAUGUUCUUAACUCUAAGGGAUCUAGUUCAAAUAUUUCAAUAAAUGACACAUUACCAUACACAAACAUGGAACAAAGUAGGAAGAGUAGCUCCAACUCU